GCCACUGCUCAGGCCGCUUCGGCUACCGGCUCGCAGAAGCAUCGGGCCUGCGACGAGUGCCAGCCCGGCGGCUGCUCGCGCUGCCAAAAGGAGGGCAUCGCAUGUGUUUACUCGCCGCAGAAGCCCAUGGGCCGUCCCCGGAAACGGCGCCAUGCACCGCCUGUCAUGCCCCACAACACCACUGCCCACCAGCACAACCACUGCCAUCAACCUCAACCUGCGGUGGCAUCAGAUCUGGCUGUGCACUUGUUGAGCCAGCCGCUGCCAUCAGACAUGUCCUCUUACCUGAACCUAUCGCCCGAAUAUAGCACCGACGACUCGACUUCACUUCUGAUGGACGACAGCGGGGCACUUGCUCACAUUCCACGCCACAGCCAAGGGCUUUUUGACGGUACAGCCAUGCCUGUCAUGAGCCUGAAUCAAGCUGGUCUUUUUGAGGAUAUUAGCUUUGACGAAAUAGAGACAGACUCGUCUGCCUCUUCCAUGACUAAAGAUUUCAACGACUCCCUUCAAAAAUACAUGGUUUCUCAGUAUUUGGACCCCCCAGCACCUAGCGACAGUCCCAGUACCAAUACCAGCACGCACUCUGGCUGUUUUGGAUCGGCAAAGUCGCACCCGACCGCCUCUUGCGACUGCCUUUCCUCUCUCACACAAGCACUUGGCUCCCUGAAUCGCCUACCGACGGAUGUGAUAUCUGCCAUGCAAGUUGCUCGCGAAACCACAAAGGUUGCUUAUGACACCCUCAGCUGCGCUGAUUGCUAUGGAGACAUGUACGACCUGUCCAAGCCGUCACCCGUCUCUCGCUUCCAAAAUAUGAUGUGCCUCGCCGCACUUGUUCCCUCUGCCUGCAACGCUUAUGCUACGAUUCUGGAAAUGGUCGAUAGAGAUGUGGAGCGAGCCAAAGGGGAAAACCAGUUGCUGUAUUUCAACUUUAAAGACGUUGGUGGGAUAUGGGGGAAUCUCAUCGACGAAAAGGGCCCCACCACUCCUGAGUGCGCACUUCUCAGAAGCUUCCACGACCGAUACCUGGAACCAGAAAUCUGGAAGGCCACUAUCCGAGCUAUUCUCAAAGUUGAGGUGUAUGGGUUCAAUCAGAAGACGGCGUCUGUCUCGAGCACGGUAGACUGCAGCGUGUCGCCAACCGCCUUCUUGCACUGCGGACUGAAGGAUGUCAUUACGCUAAUCGACGAGAAGAACCAAAAGAGGCACGACAUUGCAGAUGCUCUCAUGGAGGCGAACUACGCUUUGCCUGACAAUCAUUACCUUUUGUUCCCAGGCCCACCGAAGCCGUGCCCCCGCGAGGAUAGGCAGUGUGUGCGCAUGCUGGAUAUGGCGAGGAUGGCGCUGAGUAAUUUGGCUAUAUCGUGA